AUGACCCGCAACACAACAUCCAUGGCCCUGCAAAACGAGUCAGUGGCACAUUUAUUCGUGCAACAAUAUAUCACCCAAGACAUUGCCUCUUAUCGCAAAACCCUCCACGCAGUCGAGGAAAUAUGCAAGCAGGUCCUUUCCAACCAUGGAAUAUCCCAUGCCACAGAGUCCCGACUCAAGGAACCCGCCAGUCUUGAAAAUAAAAUUGCAAAGUUUGAACGCGAGCGAGGGUCUAUUUACCAAACCAUCGAAGAUAUCAACAAGGACAUCAUUGAUCUUGCUGGAUUGUGCAUCUUGGUACACAUCCCUUCGACUCGAAAAAAAGCCAGCGAGCUUUUGCACGAGGCCUUCGUGGUCAAAAAGAUGUUUGAUCACCCGAAACAAGGCAAAAUCGAGGGAACAUACCAUAAGCCUGGAGGCUAUGUUGCGACGCAUCUCCAUGUCUCACUAAAAACGGAAGACCUUCAUGACCCAGGGCUGCAACCCUCCGACACGAACCGGGUCGAAAUCCAAGUCUCAGCCAUACAGCAGCGUGGAUGGGCAACCCUAGAGCAUGACAUUGUGUACAAGCCCAAGGAAAAACCCAAGCUUGGCCAACUCCACAAACUGGAAAUGAUGCGGAGGAUAGUGGACGUGAACGAAAGUAUCCACCAGCAAAUAGAAGAAGAGCAAGCCUACCAAGCAGCGAAGGAGAACCGAUCUCUUCGAUCUGUCGAUGAUGUGGGCUGUGUGCUUCAAAAGUGGCUCGAGGAACACCACUCAGCGUGGUUUCAGGAUCGGACGGCCGGGUCAUGCACGUCGCUGUUUAGUUUCCUGAAAUUACGCAAUAUGAAUACUCGCGGGGAGUUGCGACAGAUCCUCGAAGCGAGCUUUGGAUCUGACUCAGAAAUUCUGUACUCAAGACUUGCGAGUGAAUACCCAGCUGAUAGCUUGACUCUUGUGAUUUUCAUCAUGGAUCGUCUAUUAUUGACGGAUGGUGGAAAUGACGUUGAUUUGGUCACUGCUGAUCACCAUCAGAUUCAUGUUUACAAACUCCAGGCAAUGAUGAGUACUUUUGUUUGGCUGGAGAGAUUUUUCACCCCUGAUCUUCUGUGGCAACGAGUCUUUGCAGCUCAGAAUCAGAAAUCUCUCCGAGACAGUCUGGUCUGGCUUAAUAGCGCUCGAUUGAAAUUAUUCUUUGAUGGUGAUCUGCUUGAGAAGCAUGAUAUCGUUAUUCUUGAUUACCUUUGGGAUUGGUUUGAGCGUCAAAAGGACCGUAAGAUCAGAUUGGCAUUUGCCAUUUCCAGAAAUGGGAUGUUCAAAGAUAGAAAGGAAGCACGGAAGGUAAUUCAGCAGUUGAUUCAGGGGCUGAUGAAUUGA